AUUUACAAGGUCUCGGAUGCAAAACUCUCGAUCCGCCCUAGAACAAGCAAGCCCCCACCGAGGAACCGACCGGCCGACGAAUCGGGAGGGAGACGAUGGCGGCGGCUGCGCGGGGGCAGAAGGCGCUGGCGGCGCUGCCGCAGCUGGUGAAGUCGCUGCGGAGCGAGCCCGUCUCCAGCGGCCCCAGGCUCAGGCACCUCCCGUCGCUCAGGAGGACCUUCUCGCUGUACGACCAGAUCAACCUCAUUGACAGCGUCCCCGAGGAUCAGCUCCGCUUCCAAUCGUACGAUGACACUGGAUUCAAGAUUAACAAUGUAAAGUACGAAGGCAGCUUGCUGAUAGUAGAAAACAAGAUAAUGACAUGGGCACCCAAAACUUUUUCCGAGAUAACUGCUGAAAGUUUAUCAAUCUUCAAAGUUGUGCACCCUAUCCCAGAGAUCUUGAUUCUUGGUUGUGGAAGACACAUGCAGCCAGUCAGUCCUGAGCUGCGGAAGUUCAUUCGGUCAACUGGAAUGAAACUGGAAGCAGUUGAUUCGAGGAAUGCGGCUUCGACCUAUAAUAUUCUGAACGAAGAGGGCAGACCGGUGGCAGCUGCAGUCCUUCCAUUCGGAGUCACUUGUUGAUGCUUUUACUACCUUGUAGGCAGUGAUAAUGUGUUUUCUCUCUUUCGAAUCGAUAUCAGAAUGAGCUGAAAUGUGCUGUAUCUGUUCUUAAAAUCUGUAACAUCGACAAUGCUGUUGUCUAGGAAAGGCCACCUUGGUUUUGUAGCAUAUUGUCUUCUUGUAAUCGUAGAUUCACACAUCCAGUAUACACCAAAAUAAGGAUGGUGCCUGUCGUAUUA